CCCACCGAACAAUAUGAAAAACGCGCGUUUUCUCUGUUAACGCACAGAGUAGAUCACAAGAUGCAGCGGAGAAAAAUUCGUUGGAUUGUUCAGGUUCAGGAGGAGUCGCGACAGAGCGAGACCGUCGAGGAGCAAAUCUUAAAUACAAAAGCAAGACACGAUGCGUCGGCGCUAACUUCUAGAGAGAUCACCCGCAGGGACGAAAUCUGGACACCGCGCAGUGUCGCGACGGGUUGCGUCCCAUGAGGUCGUUCCAAGUUACAUGGAAAGUCAGAGAUGCGCGCUCUUAUUAUAGAAGUUCCCCGACUUUCAUAGAUGCGGUGGAUCGCACGCGGAUCGCUCGGAAAUAACAAGUGUUUGGCGAUUACAUGAGAACCAAGUGAAGUCGGUAAAGUUCUCCGGGACACAAGUUUUCAAGUAGCUUUUGCGAAAGUACGUUUCUCCUCCCAUGCUGAGAAAAAUUUACGCCGCUAAGCGCUUAUAAAGACCUCUUGAGUGACUCUACCCUCCAUUAGCAAAUGAACGAGAGGAUUUGUUGUUCUCGUUACGGUCGGCAAUGGAAGUGAGUGCGCGUGUGUUCGUGAUCGUUCCGAGUGCUGAGUACGUUCUCGUAAAUUUUUUAUAAUUCUCCGUAUUACGGUAUCUUAUGAUAUUGCGAUAUUACGGUAUACGGCGUGUUUACAUCUCCGUGCUAGACGUUAAUUAGUUUCAUUGAAAACACACGAUCGGAUAGCCUCUGGGAAAAUACACGACGAGAAAAUUCGAUAUUGAUGCGCACUCCGUCAAAACCGCAAAGCUAAUAAGGCUGAUAUUAGAUACAGAGACGUUUUCAUCGUGAUCAAGUAGACAGUUAUAUCUCCCCCGUUCCAUCGUAAUUGCCAGCCCGACAUUGGCCGGUUUAAAUGACAAUGCGCGGAUGUAAUCAGUGCGCAGCCGGUUAUAUCGACACGACAUACGCAUACAAUGUUCAUUUACGAAUCAAUUAAUUAUAGUUGCAAGAAGAACAUAUAUCGCGUGUACACUUUUCCGUUAUUCCACACAAUACCGUUGUUACACUGUUUGAAAUUAUGUCAGCUAUUCGGGGAACUCCAAGUUAACCAAAUCACAUGAUAUUGAUUGCCUUGCACAAAAUUUAUCACUUGAUACUCGAUUACGUGUUGCACGUUAUCUAAUUGCACGGAUCACCUCCCAGUCGAAAAAAUACGGUAAGAUUAGGAACAUAUCUAUUAAAGAAUUCACACGUAUGUUGAUAUGUACUGUAGAAAAGCAAUAUCGUAAAAAAUAGCAUUUAGAACUAUUUUUGUCCGUUUUAAUGAUGUUGAUGUACCAUUAAUGAUUUCGCGAUAAUUAAUUCCGUAAUUCCGAAAGGGAGGGAGACCCAGUGUAGCGGGCGCGAAAAUCGAAAUCGCUUGUAUGCGAAAUCAAAUUUACCAAUGUGUACUUAACAUCCGUAAUCUGUCGAAGUAAAUUCACUCGGAACUAUGGUAGUUUACUCUUAACGAACGUACUACUUGCUUGUAUUUAGAGAUUGAGGAAGGAAAUAUUGCAAAGGCGGAGGUUUACUUAUACGUGCUUUUGUGUUGUUAUUACUUAAACGUCUCGGAUGCGUGCUUGGCCACUUACGUCAUUCAUGAUAAACGUCGCCUCGUAAUAAUUAAACCGACAUAUACUUUUCAUGGUUUCUUGAAGACUUACUGUAAACGUGAUGCGAAUGACUAUUAAAGAAUACGGUUAUUAAAGAAAUAUGGCACCUGUUGGAGUAUAAUUAAGAACUGUCGUGAAUUCCAAAAAUGUGGCUGAAUAGAUCUCUUCGCGAAUUCUUCAUAUAUACUCGUGAGAAGAUACAUCAAUGUGGGAUGGACGAUAUAUAUGAACGCGAAGACGUGCAGAAGAAGACGUUCGCCAAAUGGAUAAAUUCGCAGUUACUCAAAAAUCAUCAUGAUCCGAUCACUAAUCUGUUUGUCGACCUGCGAGAUGGCAAUCGCCUGCUGUCCCUUCUGGAAGUGCUCACUUCGAAGACUUAUAAAAGGGAACGCGGUCGAAUGCGAGUGCAUCAUCUUAAUAACGUUAACAAAGCAUUGCAAAUCCUCGAGCAGAAUAACGUAAAACUUGUUAAUAUUAGUAGCAACGACAUCGUCGAUGGUAAUCCAAAAUUAACACUCGGUCUGGUAUGGAGUAUUAUUCUACAUUGGCAAGUGCAUUAUCAUCUAAAAGAUUUGAUGACAGAAUUACAACAGACUAAUUUAGAAAAGACACUUCUUGCUUGGUGCCGCCAAAAUUCGCAGAGUUACCCUAAUGUUGAUAUUAAAAAUUUUACAACGUCUUGGUCGGAUGGAUUAGCAUUUAACGCGAUCUUACACAAGUGGAAACCUCAUCUGUUUGACUUUAAUAAUAUCGCACGUAAACAUCCAAAUGCCAGGUUGGACCAUGCCUUUCGGCUCGCACAGGAACAUCUCAAUAUCGAGCGUCUGUUGGAUCCCGAAGAUGUCAAUACUUCAGUGCCAGAUAAAAAAUCCAUCAUGAUGUAUGUUAUGUGUCUUUUCCAAUCAUUACCGCACUCCGGAGAUGAUAUUGGUGAACUAGAUCUUUCAAUCGCAAGUGACAGUACCAGCCCAGUCACAACACCAGGAACAGAGACUACUCUGUCCUUUGGCAAUUUUGGAAUGCCAGCUUCCCGUCCGAUGAGUUUAGCUACAAAUGUUUCUGUUGAGCUUGGCGGUUAUCAAGUCGCCCUCGAAGACGUUCUAACAUGGCUUUUGGAAGCGGAGGAUAAAUUGAAUCAUGCCCCUGAGCCGGGCUCGACUCUAGACAUAUUGAAACAACAAUUCCACGAGCAUGAAACCUUCUUGAUGGAGUUAUCGGGCCAUCAGGACGGGGUGGGGACUGUUCUAGAGGAAGGUGCAAGGUUGUUAGCUGAGGGCGGAUUGCAUAAAGAUGAGGAGCAUGAAGUUCGCGUGCAAAUGUCGUUACUGAAUUCUCGAUGGGAGGGACUACGAAUGCGCGCCAUGGAGAGACAAACCAGUAUCCACGAGGUCCUGAUGCAAAUGCAACAGGCUCAGUUAGACGCGUUGCGACAAUGGCUGACAAAAACGGAAGAUAGGAUCUCUAUGAUGGCGGCGGCAGAAUUAAAUCCGUCUGCUCUCAACGAGCAAAUGAAACAUCUAAGUGAAUUAGAGCAAGAUAUUCAGGCGCAGCAAGACGUAGUCGAUGGUAUGAGGAACAUGGUGGUAGUAGUGGAUGAAGAAAAUUCCGAGGCAGUUUAUGCUCAAAUGGAAGAUCAAUUGUCCGCCCUCGGUGAACGCUGGAGUCACAUCUGCCAGUGGAAAGAGGAACGACGUCAGCGAUUGGAAUCUGUGUCUACACUUUGGCAUAAUGUCACCGACGAUUACAAGAAGUUAGUAGCGUGGUUGAACGAAACGGAAAUCACGUUAAAGCAAAUGGAAGCCAAUCCGGCAUCCGAAAUCGGUGAAGUACUAGACCGAAUAAAAAGGUUGCAAGUUCUAAAGGCGGAAAUGGAUAUUAAUGAGAAAAAAUUAACAUCUCUACAAGAGUCAAUCCAGGAUUUAGAUGGCCACGGUACGUCUCCGGAGUGUAUGAAUAUUUUGGAAAAGAUUGAAAACUUGCAAGAUCGAUGGGAAGCUGUAGGACAAAUUAUGGAAGUUCAAACUCAAAGGAUAACGAAUUCUGGAUUUGAGUUUGACUUAAUGUCCGAAGAUAGCACAACAACUGUUAAGGGAAAUGAAUGGAUGUCCGAAACGGUAACGAGUAUAGCAUAUAAAGAAGAGAUUGCUGCAACAUCAACACCACAUAGUGAUUCAAAAAAAAGACGAGUCGAUAGUACCACUAAACAUGAAUUUGAAUCGGCAUUGCUUCAUCUGUAUAAAUGGUUAGAUUAUGUCGACUUAGAAAUAGGUCGUUCAGAAGGGGUAUUCGAUGAGUUAAGCGUGGAAGAGAAGAAAGUGGUUUACGAAGAUACUCUCGCAGAUAUGGAAUCGCACAAGAGUGAAUAUGACAAGGUUCUUGAAAUCGGUCAACAACUUAUUGAAGAAUUAAAAAAUGCAAAUGAAUCCACUGAAGAAGAAGAAUCCAAAAUUAAAAACAUACAAAAUUGUUGGGUGGCGACGAAUACUCGUCUCCAAGAUAUAAAAAGACGUAUAGAUUAUUUGGAAGAAGUAAAGAAAUUCCGCACCGAACUAGCCAGUUUGAAUUUGAUGUUGGAAAGUUAUACCAAGUGGUUCGAUACAAAUAAAGGAAAUAAUCAGAUAGAACCAUUUAGGGUAAAAAUAAAAUCAAUGAAAUCCCACGAUGAGCGCAUAAAAAAGAUGCUAGAGAAAGCCAAUGAAUUAUCGUUAAACCAAAUUGCAAAUACAGAGAGCAGUAACAUUGAUUCAGAUAUAAAAAUGUUCUCCAUUAAUUGGGAUAAACUGUAUACGAUGUUAUCGGAGCGAUUAACCGAAGUAAACAACGCCAUCGAUAGAACACCGCCUAAGAAGUAUAUUGAGGCAGUUUCUAAUCUAACAUUGUUCAUUAAUAAUGUGGAAAGUGUCCUAUUGUCAGAGCAUAUAAUUAUAUCUGAUGAGAAAGUUAUGGCAGAGCAAAUGAAUAGAUUUAAAGAUAUACAAAAUUCGUUAAAGGAACAAGAGGGAAUUUUCAAAUACGUUAAUUCUACUGGACAAGAUCUGAUAACAAAAAUGAACAAUGAUUCCUCGGCGCAACGAUUUAAAGAUGAAUUGCAAGAUCUCAAUACUAAAUGGAGUGAUAUACCUAUUAUUUUAGAAGAGAAACAGCAGACUCUUGUAAAAGAUAUUACAACUAUACAAAUUUUCAAUAGCGAACUUUCUGCAUUGGAAUCUUGGUUGAUGAAAUCAUUAUCAUUCCUGGAAGAUUUAUCUAAAGACAACGUUACAGAUAAUGUUGAGAGGACGGAACAUAAAUUAGAGCAAAUUCGCUCUUUUUCUCAGGAGAUGGAUAAAAUGAAAUUGAAAAUUGAAGCACUUGGAACAUCAACAAAUAAAAUGCUCGAGAAAUCUGAACCUAAUUUUGUAAGUUUAUUAAAUAGCAAAUUGGAAGCUGUGGCAUAUAAAUGGGCCUCUCUUGUUGACGAGGCUAAAAGUCUAAGCGAUAAAUAUGAAGGCGCUUUAAAGAAAAAUGAUGAUAUUAUAAAUGGUAUAGAAGAUUUCACAAACUGGCUGUCAAUCCUGGAGAAAGACAUACCAGUAGAAUCAAGAAUAACAUCUUCAGUUGAGCUUUUCCAAGUUCGCGGUCGGUAUCAAGCACUGAAAGACAAAGUUGACAAACGAGUGGAAGAGUUUCGAAAUCUCAACGAAAUGGGAAAUGAUAAACUGUUAAGUUCAGAAGGAUCGUCUGUGCAAGAGCUCGGCAGACGGUUCACUUUCUUGAAUGCACGAUGGACCGAUGUUACGGAUCGUAUAUACGAGCGUUACAGACAUUUACAAAAUGCUAGUCAUGAAUACGGAGAAUUCCGAGCGUUGGUUGCACAGGAAAGCGACUGGUUGGACAAACUAGAUAAAAGAUUGAAGAAAUCUCCUAAAACUGCUGCAGAUGCAGAAGAAAUCUCAGAAGAACUUGAUGAUUUAGAAAAUUAUAUACGAAAUCAUCCGGAAUCAAGACUCGAGAAGAUUCAAGAAAUUGGCAAACAACUUGUCGACAGUAAUAUUAUGACUCACUCUAUUGAAACGGAUGUAGAAGGAUUAACGAAUCGAUGGGAAAACUUAAACAAACAGGCAGGGCAACGGGCCAAGCUGUUGGAAGGAUCAGUGAAGCAAGCUCAACAAUCGGAAGGGCGCAUCCUUGCUCUUCAGCAUUCCUUAACGCAAAUAGACACUGUACUAACAGCACGUCUUGAUUGCGAUCUCACUGCUGAUGAUUUGCCUCAUGAUUAUCAGAAAUUAAUGGAAGAGAUGGAACAGCAGCGUGCUACACUGGAAGAAAUAGCAUCGCAAAUUAAGUCAUAUAAAGCCUCCGGUAAACAAGAAGCAGCACUUCGACUGCAGGAACAAAUGUCGCUUAUUGAACAAAAGUACGCUAAAGUGCAAAGAAAGUUUCAACGUUUCCGAUGUCCAACCAAUAUAGAACCUAGAUUAUCAAGAGCUUUACGAGAACUCAGGGGAAUAGAGGAAGCGACUUGUUUACUGGAACUCUCAUCAGAAGAUCCCGAAGCCAUCGAGGGUCAAUUAAAACAUUGCUUGCGCUUUUACCAGACUUUGAGUGAGAUUAAAAGCGAGAUUGAAUGUAUAAUCGUGACUGGGAGGAAACUAGUCGAAGAUAAAACUGUUUCCGAGCCUGAUAAAUUUUCAAAGCGAAUUGAUAUGUUAAAAGAAUUAUAUAAUAAACUUGGUCUUCAUAUAACGGAAUCGAAAUCCAUACUAGAAUCGGCUCUAGAAUUGUCACGUGAUAUGCAUAAAAAUAUGACAUAUAUUAACAUGUCAGUCGAAAGUAUAAAUAAGGAAUUAGAUACCCAGAAGAGUAUGCCUGAUUUACCGGUAAAUGCGAUAUAUGUGCGAGAGACUUUGACCGAAGUAAUCCCGCGAUUAAACGUUAUAAGAGAUAAAUUACUUCGAUCACAAGAUGAAUUUUCAAAGUUUUGCGAUCUCAUGUACCUCGAACAACUUAAGGAAAAAAUGUCGGACGUAAUCGUAAGAUUAGCAAAUACAGAGAAGAGAUUGCGGCUUUGUAAAGGUUCAGAGGAUGAGCCGAAUGUGGACGAAAUAAAUGCCUGGCUCCUACAAGUUGAAGAGAAGUUAAAUAAGUUAGACGCAGUUCCGAUUGAUCAACUUACGGAACAUCACUUUGAACAGUGCAAGGCUGUGCAAAGUGAAAUGAUCGAAGCAAAACCCAAAGUCAACCAACUUCAACGUUACGCAUUUUAUCCCAAAGUAGCUGAAAUAUGUGAAAAAUGGGAGGAUAUCUCUAACAGAAUACAAGAAUGGAUCCACAAAAUCACAGACAAUUUAUUAAUAAAAACUAAAGCGGGAGAUACUAAGGGGAGAGACAAUUACGGACGCAACAAAUUGCCUAAACAGCUGGAACAAGCUUCAGCACAUGUUGUCAAAAAAGAAAAGAAAUUAAUAGACGAGAACGAAGCGAUUUACGGCAUAGGAUAUCUUAAUCCUGCGUUUGAUGAUAAUCAAUGUGCCGUCAUUAGCACGCCCGAGAGCUCGCCAAUUGACGUGCCUCACCGAAGCAGAAAGUCUUCGGUCAAGUCGGAAAAAGUCAAAGCUAGAAUCGUGGAUGUCAAUAGAACCGUCAGGCGCAAACUAGACAUGAGCUCUGUGCCCGACGUUGUUCAGACCUCUCAACCACAGGUCGUUCAGAUCGAUGACGACUUGCCGUCGCCAACUUCUGAUAAUAUGUUAGAUGUUCAUGUGACCGAUGAGGACGAAUUCUUUCUCUCUAAGAACAGUAAAUUAUUCUCUCAAGUGUCCAGUAAUACUUUGACAGCGACAGAGAUCGAGACGUUUAACGCAUCUUGCGCGCAGCAGAACCCAUUUCGCGUUGUAGAAGUGAAAGAAAUGGAAAUUGUAAAAUCGAUAGCGUCUCCUGAGGAUCAUGUAAUUUUGCCGAGUGCUAAUGUUAGUGUCGGAUUAGUACCGCAAGUAGUUGAAAGGGUGGAAAUCGUCGAAGACACUGAGACAGAACCCGAAUCUAUCGAUACCGAUACGGAAGAAAAGGAAAGUAGAGGAAAAAUGCCCACUACUGUCGGUCUCACAGAGCAGAUGGUCAAUAAGAAGAAGGAAUUGGUUCCAAUUUUAAAGAAGAAAAUCGCGGCAGAAUCAACUCCCGCGAGAAAUGUCAAAAGACUUAUAUUGAAAUUAGAUAUAGACGCUGAUCAGGAGGAUAUUACCGAUUCGAGUAAAAUUACGACAUUUCCCAGUGGUGUACCAUUGAGAAAAACAGAAGUUAAUAUUAUUGUGGAUCAACAAACAGAUGCGUUAAAUAAGAUGCCAAGAAAUACAACUUCUAUGUGGAAAGAUACUGAGAGCGUUGCAGAAUAUCUUAUAUUAGAUGAUAAAGAAGAAAUUGAGAAAUCUGAUGUAAACAUUGGCAAUCAAGCAAGUUGCACUAAAACACAAGACUCUAUAAUGCAAUUAAAAUAUAAAGACACCCAACAAGAAGUCACAUAUGAGAAAAAUAUCGAAUAUCUCAAAACACACGAAAACGUUGGUAAUACGAGUCGUAGUGAAGACGAGAAACUCUGCAAGAAAACACCGCUAGUGAAACGUAUGAGGAGUUUGUCGAAAGACGACACUUUGGAAGACUGUGAGAGCUUUUACGGUAGUGAUAAAGAAACGGACGAUGUCCUAAUAUUUUCGGACGAUACAGAAAUUGACGUUGGUAGUUCCAGUUCAGACGGAGAAGACACUAAUUUAGGAGAGCAUGUUGAGCACCUCUUGGACAAGAUAAAAGUUGAGAAGACUCGGCCAUUUAUGCAACACAGGGAGAUGAAAGCGCUGUUUAAAGGCCCACUAGGUACAUCUCGAACAGCGUUAGAGAAAAGUAUUUUUGAAUUUGAGCAGAUGGCACAAAUGAUGCUAUGCAGAAUGGACGUUAUGUUAAUGAGUAUCAGUGGCAUCUCUAAUGAAAAAGAUCCUACCAAGCGUCUUGAGAUACUCAAAAGUGAAGUUAGCAUUCUCGCUCCAGACGCAGCGGCAUUAAUUAGUAAAGGAGACGGUUUAGUCAUGACGAUACACAUGACCGACCCUGCACGGGCUGAAAAAAUCAAGAACGAGCAUCAAGACAAAUUGAGAAGCAAGUGGCAUCAAGUUAUGAGUGAGAUCGAAACGCGCAGGAAACAGGCGCAAAAGGCAGAAGAAAUUUUGCGGCAAUAUAACAACAUAGUCGCAGAAUUUGAAGAUUGGUUUAGGGAUGUGCCGUUGAAACUUGAACAAGCUAACAACUACGAAGGACAAUUGGAGUCGUUUACCGAGGAAUUCGACAUGAAACAAGUGCAGAUACACAAACUGAACGAGUUAGCUGUCGAGUUGAGGAAACUAAAUAUUGGUUACUCGGAAUCUGUACGCUAUAACAUUAAUAGCAACUGGCAGAAAGUUAGUUCGCAGUUUAAGAGAUUCAGCGGUAGCAAAGAUAAAGACAAGCACGUAACUGACAAAAAAGUAGAAUUGGAUGUUGGUGGCGUUAAUCCACAAGAAUUUAUAGCGCGGAUCAGCAAAUUGAGAGAAGCAACGUCGACUGUGUCGCGAUCCUUGAAUUCCUUACCAUUGAGUGGUAAAGACUACGAGUUAUUCACAAACCAAGAGGAAUGUUUGAAGAAAAUCAGCAAUGCCUUAAAUAUUUUGAAGCCAAGUGUCGACGAAGUAAAUUACGUCUGCGAAAGUGUCGUGCGACAAGCGAAACGAGAGCAAGCCGAUCAGAUAAACUAUUUAAGCGAGAAAUUGCAAGAUGAGUGGACGAACGUUAAUCAAAACUACAUAGAGAGACAUAAUCGUUGGAUCAAAUGCUAUGAGAAGUGGAGAGAACUCCAUAACACAUGUCGAACUUUUUCGGAAUGGUUAGAUAAGAUGGAAGACGCACUGAAGAAGUGCAAUGUUUUUAGUCAUUCUAAGGCGAGUAAAACGAAGACUUUCGAGUUGGAACAAGAAGUUUCUAGAAUGCAGAAAACAUUGAAUAAUAUGAACGCAGCGAGUGCAGAUAUAUCUAGCCGUGCUUCCACCGAGGACAUAAUGGAAUUACAGAGUAUGGUCGAAAACAUCAAACAUCGUUGGCAGAAUUUGGUGAUUGAAUUAAACGCGCGAAAAGAAAGGAACUUUGCUAUGGAGAGAAAAGUAAGCAACGACAGCCGCGUUUUGGAAACUGCGUACAAUAUCGUGGAACAAGUGAACACUCUGUUAGUGUCUGCGGCAAAUCCAUCGGAUGAAACCUCCUUGUCAAUUAGGUUAUCGUUAAUUAAGGCGAGAGAAGAAGAACUUUUGUCUCGGAAAAAGAAUUUGCAAGCUUUAGUGAGUCAACAUAACGUUCCUAGGGAAGAAGAUGAAAGCAACAAGCUUCUUUUGGACAUGGACAAGGCUAAUGUAAAUCUUUCAAACCACCGCGAAUACGUAGAAUGUAAGCUUGUGUCGCUUAGAAAAUAUAUCUGUACGUUGGACACUGUUAUGGCGUGGGUUAUGGAGACGCGAACGCGACUGAGCAUUUCUCAAGAAUUGCCGCAACACGAGCGUAACGAAAUGAUUAAAAAUAUCAUGUCUAAAGUUGAAGAUCGCGAGAUGGAAGUGAAAGACGUAUUGGAAAAUUAUACUAAUUUAGAGAAAGAGUGUGAAUCAGCUAAACAACCGGUUUCUGUUGAACUGCAGGAGAAGCUAAAGAAACUGAGGGAGGACUGGCAGUUGGUGAAAUACUAUGGCGAAAAUCAGGAAAUUUCAUCCGUGUCGUCCGUCGGGGCUACAUCGCUUUUAAAAGAAGUGGAAAGGAGUGUAGGCGCAACACCGGGGGCGGCGGGUGCAGCUGCAGGGGGCUCUCGGGGGCUAUCACCCUCUCCCGCCCCCUCGUCACCGUCGACCCCCGUAGCGACUAGUCCCUCUGCUUCCGCCUCUUCGACUUCGUCCUCGCCGUCGCUCUCUUCUUCUUCAGCUUCCGUCCUCGUCGCGGGACUCGAUAAAUCAGUGCUUCAGAUACGUGACUGGCUCACGGUCGAGGAAGAGAUGCUGCGACAACAAGCUGUGGUCGUCGGCGAUGUCGAUGAAAUCAUGCACCUUCUGGACAAGCAGAAGAACGUCCUGCGAGAGCUGGAGCAGAAGAAGCCGCAGUUGGACGAACUGGUUCACACGGCCGAAAACCUGCGCGCCGACACUAAUCGGCAGCAGCUGCACGGCAAGGUUACCAAGCUGAGGGAGCACUGGGACGAGACAAAUUCAAAAGUCAUGCAAAGGAAGACGCAGCUGGACGCGAUGCUGGGGGACAGCCAGCGAUACGAGGCCAAGAGAAACGAGGUGGAGGUCUGGCUGGCGCGAAUGGAAACUCGCCUCGAGAGAAUGCGAGCUGUUGGACACACCGCCGACGUACUCGAGGCGCAGCUCAGGGAACAAAAGUCGUUCCACGCCGAGCUGCACCAGUACAAGCAUCACAUCGAACUUUUUAAUCAGCUCACUCAGAAGCUGAUAGCGGUUUAUCAACAAGACGACACUACACGCGUGAAGAAAAUGACGGAGACGAUCAACCAGAGAUACAACAACUUGAACACGAGCAUCAUCAAUCGAGGGAAACUGCUACACUCCGCGAUGAACUCGCUCCACAACUUCGACCGGUCUCUGGACAAGUUCCUGGCCUGGCUGAGCGAAGCGGAGUCUUCGAUGGAGGGAUUGGAGGCGGAAGCCGAUCGACUGGGCGGACGACGGGAUCAGGGCGCGCUCAGACGACCGCAACAUCAGCUUAAGGUACGUAAUGGAUUCCCCCAGCGGCUCCUGCCACCCUCGGUAUGUGAAUCAAAUGACAUCGAUUGUUCCCGCUACGUUAAUGAUCUCCAGUCGGAAAUUGAAACUCACCGAGACGUUUAUGCAUCCUUGAAUGGCACCGGACGUAAACUACUGAGCUCACUGGCGAGUCAAGAUGACGCUGUUAUGCUGCAACGCCGAUUGGAUGAGAUGAACCAGAGAUGGCAUCACUUGAAAGCGAAGAGCAUGGCAAUUCGGAAUCGAUUGGAGAGCAACACCGAACACUGGAACGCCUUGCUUCUAUCGUUGCGCGAGCUCAUCGAAUGGGUGAUAAGGAAGGACACAGAGCUCACCGGCUUGGGACCCGUGUGCGGCGAAGUGGCCGCCCUACAAAAACAACAAGACGACCAUCGUGGCUUCAGGAGGCAACUGGAGGACAAACGGCCGGUCGUGGAAAACAAUUUGCUGAGCGGCCGCCAGUACAUCGCCAAUGAGCCCCCGUUGUCGGACACCUCAGACUCCGAAGCAGGCAGAGAAUUGGACGGCGAUUCCAGGGGAUACAGAAGUGCCGAGGAGCAGGCGCGCGAAUUGACACGAAGCAUUCGCCGCGAAGUGAAUAAACUUUCGGAGCAGUGGAACGCUUUAAUCGAACGCAGCGAUGCGUGGAAGCGGAAACUCGACGACACCGCUAACAAAAUAUGUGUCUUCCAAAAGUCCCUCGAGGAUCUCUCCUCGCGGAUGGCCGGCGCCGAGGCGAUUCAGAGCGGUUGGCAGAAUCCAAGCGACGCCAACGAGGCGACGGAAUUACUCGAGCAGUUGCAGAAAUUCGGCGAGCGACUGGUACCUAUCCAGAGGAACAUCGAGGACGCGAACGACCAGGCGAGCAUCUUCGCGUCGAGCAGCGUCAUCGUUUCUCACGCUUUACUAGCGAAACUCGAAGAUCUGAACACCAGGUGGAAGGUGCUGCAAGUCGCAGUUGACGAGCGUUACAAGUUGCUAAGCGGAUUCGGGAAGGAUGGCAGCACUCCGGGUAGUCAGGCUUUCCUCGCGAGCAGCGUAGAACCACCAUGGGAGAGAGCCCUCACACCCGCCAAAGUGCCUUACUAUAUCAACCAUCAUUUGGAGACUACGCAUUGGGAUCAUCCAAAGAUGAUAGAGCUGAUGUCUUCUCUCGCGGAUCUAAACGAAGUUCGCUUUUCCGCGUACCGAACCGCCAUGAAGCUGCGCACCGUACAAAAGCGACUCUGCCUGGACAUGUUGAGCCUCGCCACAGCGUUGGCACAGUUUGAUUCACACGGGCUCCGGGCACAGAAUGACAAACUGAUCGACAUCCCCGACAUGGUAACAGUACUAACAUCGCUAUACGAAGGAAUCGCAGCGGACAACCCGGCACAGGUGUCCGUGCCGCUAUGCAUUGACCUGGCUAUCAAUUGGCUGCUCAAUGUAUACGAUAGCCAACGAACCGGCCAAAUCCGAGUGCUUUCGUUCAAAGUCGGGCUAGUCUUGCUGUGCAAGGGGCAUUUGGAGGAAAAGUAUAGAUAUCUUUUCCGUCUGAUCGCGGAUCCCAAUAGGUUGGUGGAUCAGCGCAAGCUGGGGCUACUAUUGCACGACUGCAUACAAGUGCCGAGACAAUUGGGUGAAGUCGCGGCAUUCGGAGGAUCGAACAUCGAGCCCAGCGUGCGCAGCUGCUUCGAGAAAGCAGGAAAGGAUAAGAACGAGAUAGAGGCGGUGCACUUUUUAAGCUGGCUGCAGCAGGAGCCGCAGAGCAUGGUAUGGUUGCCCGUGCUGCAUAGACUAUCCGCAGCGGAGACCGCAAAACAUCAAGCCAAGUGCAACAUAUGCAAGGAAUAUCCUAUCAUUGGGUUCAGAUACCGCUGCUUGAAAUGUUUCAACUUUGACAUGUGUCAAAAUUGUUUCUUCUCGGGACGUAAGGCGAAGAAUCAUAAGCUGACUCAUCCGAUGCAAGAGUACUGCACGGCGACUACGUCUGGUGAGGACGUGCGCGACUUCACGCGAGCAUUGCGCAACAAAUUCAAGUCCAAACGAUACUUCAAGAAACACCCCCGAGUUGGCUAUUUGCCCGUGCAAACUGUCCUGGAGGGAGACGCGCUGGAGAGCCCCGCGCCUUCGCCCCAACACAGCUCGCUCAGUCAGGACAUGCACUCGCGUCUGGAGAUGUACGCCUCUCGACUCGCCGAGGUUGAACUGUCGCGUACAAGAAGCAACUCCACGCCGGACAGCGACGACGAGCACCAGCUGAUAGCUCACUACUGUCAAAGCCUGAACGGCGGCGAUAACGUUAACGUCCCGAGAAGUCCUGUCCAGGUCAUGGCCGCGAUCGAUGCAGAGCAGAGAGAAGAGCUUGAGGCGAUGAUACGAGAACUCGAGGAGGAAAAUGCGACGCUGCAAGCGGAAUACGAGAGAUUGCGCUCCAAGCAGACACCAGGCUCGACGCCGGAGGACGGUCAUAGCACUAGGCAGCCCGACUGUGAUAUGAUCGCGGAAGCUAAGCUGCUGAGACAGCACAAGGGGAGAUUAGAGGCGCGUAUGCAAUUACUCGAGGACCAUAAUCGCCAAUUGGAGGCACAGCUGCAAAGACUCAGACAACUUCUAGAUGAGCCAAACGCGUCUUCUCCAUCGAAGACUGGAACUUUGCAAACUCGAAGUGUAACGGCAUCACAAUUGGCGACCGAUUCUCCGGCGAAGAUGAACGGCCAUUAUCAUGAUUCUCCAGAUAAGCUUAUCGCUGUUGGGUAUAUGGACAUAGGUGGUGGGGGCUCAAACGAAGGCAGAGUCAGCAGUUUAGAGAGGCCACCACCGCCACCGCAUUCUCACAGUGUCGCCCACAAUGUGGGCAAUCUCUUGCACAUGGCAGGCGAUUUAGGGAAAGCUGUAGGCGAAUUGGUGACGGUCAUGACUGAGGACACAUCGAAGACGAAUGGACAACGAGCACCACCACCUGCUUUUAAAUAACGACCGCGAUGGCGUCUAUAAUAAUCAAUGUCAUUAACAAGCGAUGUUGAUGAGCGUUGUAAGCAACGCUGGCAAGUCGACUAAAUUCGACGGCGUUACACUCGAUAUCUGAUACACGUUGUGAAGAACAUUAAUCAUAAUCAUCGACCAAUAACAAGUCUGGCUCUAACGCAUAUCAGAGACAAGUACAUGGUAUAUCUACCGCGCAAAUGCAGGGUCAGGGGACCCGUCCCACUGGUGGUUUUGGGUAUUUUAUAAGUUUUGAUAUACGUCGUUGUAUAGCUGAAUUAUAUCGAAUAAGACGAUUAUGGUUUGGCUUACGGUGGUCCCCUGAGAGUAACUUUACUACAUAUUGACACGUCAUAUCAUGAAACUAAUCGUAAUGAGAAAUCAAUUGUUAUGCUUACUAGCUAAACUAUACGAACAGAUUAAAAGAAAAAAAGAUAUAAUGAGUAUAAAGGAUACACGGAAGGAAAAAUAUCAUUAACAAUGCAUGCAAAAGCAAUGUAUCAAAUCACAUAAUCUAUAUAGGUCGUAGCUUAUAUUUACAUACCCAUUCUGUUCACUGCCACGGACUCUUCCUCGAUGUAACUUACACAAUGUACAUGUUUGCGACUCUAGACGACACAUAAUGGGAAAUAGACAAAAGUAUAUCCAUACCUGACCCUUCUGUACCCGGCGCUCUUGGAGUUUACAUCAAUGAACACGGAACCUUUUAUAAUCGAUGAUAAAACAGAACGACGCGCAUUACAUCUUUCAAGUUUAUUUUUUACCCAGUUACGUGAUUUUUCAUAUUUUCUAAAUGAAUUUAAAAACGGCAAUGUCUAUUAUAUUUAAGCCUGCCGAAUGUUACUAUAUCUAAGAGUAUAUGGAUAAGUACCUAACUAACAAACUUGUAGGCUGUAUUCUGAUAUGUAAUAAAGUUGUCUAGAAAAUACUUGAUCGCGAUAUUAUUGAAAUGCGAGCUGCUCACCGUGGUUCUGUUAUUAAGUAACCGGUCUGCAAACAUACGUAUACACAUACGCAUAUAUACAUACACACACAACACACACACAAUCAGUUAUCUCGAGCGGAUAACUUUUAUAUUCUAAACGAAUUAAAAGCGCAGCACAUAUACAUAUAUACAUAUAUAUAUAUAUAUAUAUAUAUAUAUAUAUAUAUAUAUAUAUAUAUAUAUAUAUAUAUACACAUUUCUUUACGCAUAUCACAGAUGCCAUAAGUUGAAUGCUAUUGUGUCAUUUCUGAUGAGGAUGCCGCUUGCGAAAUGUAAAAUACAUAUCUUCAAGAAAAAAAGAAAGAAAUAUCAUAUUUUACCAACUUGACGAGCAUCGUGAAUGAAUACUACGAAUUGUUAUUCGCCGUCGUUAAGUCACGAGAAGAUUAAUUUCACCGGACAGAGUGUAAAACGAUCGAAUAUACGUUUCUAAGCUCCAGUCUGUAGUUUGUUGAAUGAUUGUUGGUUUUGCGAUUUCAUACAUUAAUAUAACGCAUUAAAGUCUAGAGAUAUUAGUCAUAUAAAAAUAAAAGUUAUAUACUGCGUACAACAUCAAACAGGUAACUACGUUGCUUGUAAUAUAUUGUAAUAUGACUGAAAUGAUAUGGGGCAAAAUGCUUAAAUAAAAAUAAUACGAUAUA